CCAGUGCUGCCAAUAGCUGCCUCGUGUCUCCACGCGCGCCCUGUGUAGUGUAUAAGUGGCAGCACUGUGCAGCCUUGGUAGUGCACUUCAUGUGGAAUAGGGAGGUGGUUUGGGAUGAAACCUGUUGGUUAUACGGAAAUAAAUAUAAAUAGAGACACCAUGGCGCUGCUGACGGUUCGGAACGUGACGCUGUGCGUUGUGUCUUUAGCGAACUUCGUAUUUGUGUUCGGUACCGCGGCGGAGUUCGUGCGCUUCGUUUCCUUCCGGCCGGUUUAUCACAACAUCACCGGAGGCGCGGCCCUGUGCGACGAUGCGGCGUGGUGGUCCGUGGCCCUGCGUGACCCCGCCGUGUUGAAGUGUUUAGCCGUGGAUGUGUUCCUGUUGGUGGUGUUCAGUUUGCAGCACAGCCUGCUGGCCUGGACUCCCGUUAAACGUGUGUGUCAAUCUGCAUUAGGGGUGUUAAACCGAGCCAUGUACUGCUUCACUACUGCACUCGCACUGCAGCUGUUGAUGCGUUACUGGCAGCCGGUCACCAGUGCCCCCUGUCUGUGGUCAGUGCAGAGUACACCAUGGAAUAUUUGGUUCCCGCUCAUUUGUUUCACCGUACACUUUCUGUGCUGGGCCAUGAUCUGCAGCAUCCUGCUUAUAUUCGAUUAUGCAGAGCUGUUGGGGCUCAAGCAGGUGUAUUAUGAGUGUUUAGGCCUGGGGGACCCGCUCUCCCUGAAGUCGCCCCGUGCCCAGCGUCUGUAUGCCCACCUUCGCCACCCCGUGUGUGUGGAGCUGCUGCUGGUGCUCUGGUUUUUGCCCACUCUCUCGGUGGACAGGUGUGUGUUAGCAGCAUACCUGACGCUUUACCUGGCCCUGGCCCACUCUCUGGAUGUGGAGGACUGCGCGUACCUGAGCUCUCAGCUCCACAACAAGCUGCACUUGUUCUCCACAUCUGCAGGGGGCGACACCCACACACACAGCAACAACAACAACAACAAGAAUGAUGAUCACAAAUUAGAUUAACUUCAUCCACCUGUGUCCCAGUGCUGCACUUAACACACUCUCAUCCACUUCCUCUGUAAUGGCCCAUGAGCUCUGAGAUGGACAAGAGGACGUGGAUAAGUGUGUGUUAAAAACAGUGUUGGAACACACGGUUUUCUGCACACACACAAACACACGUGUUUUAUAUUCAUAUCAAUAAGGUAUAGGAAGAUAAAUGGAUUGAAUGUUGGAGGGAUAGAAAACAGCUGUUUAUACAUAUAUUUUUAUUGGUCAUUUUGGUACUUUUUAUAUAAAAUAGUAUUAUAGAUUACAAUGAGGUACUUACAAAAAGAGACCUCUUACAACCCCAGAGACUAAUUCAAUCCAAUUCAAUUUAAUUCAAUUAUGUUUAAUUUUUAGAGCGCUUUUAACAGUGGCCAUUUUCCAGAAGCAGCUUAACAGAGAUAAAGAGGUUAAAAAGUUGAAAUGUAGAGUUGAAAUGUAGAGUUAGAGUUUGUUCCUUAUAGGUUUAUCCAGAUCAUCUAAAGCAACCAAAACAUGGAUUAAUCGAGCAGGAUUGAGUUAUCUGAGCUGCAUCUGAACUUAAAACCAAAUGAUUCUUUUUUAUUUGAAAGAUGUUCUGACUUGUGGACCCUACCGAAAUAGCUGAGUGGUCAAAUCAUGGGCACUUUUUUAAUUAGAAGACUGCAAAUGUUAAGAAAAACUUUAAACUCUGCUGGACUCAUGAUGGAUUUGUAAUCCAGCUAAUGUCAGUUAUCAGUUAAUAAAGAAAUCUAACUGUCUAAAGCAAACUUUAGUGGAAUUCGGAAAUCGUGUUAACUCAGUAAUCUGGUUACUCAGGAUUCCAGGUACCUCUGUAACUCAUCUAUCCCGCUAAUCUGACUAAAUCAGUAACUCUGCUAAUCUGCAUACAGAGAAUGAAGCCCUGUUCAGUGAAUAUCCAAAUGUUUGCUGUUUGAACUCUUUAAUUUCAGGUUAUUAUCUCACUGUCUCAGUAGCUGUAUUUUGUGCUGUAGACAGUAUAUUCAGUAUUAAAUACAUAAAGUUUAUUCUGAUUCAUGUGGCUCAGGUGCAGAAUCUGAAUCUGAUACAAGACCUGACAUGGGCUGCACAAUAACAUCUCUGAAUUUUAGUUAUACCCAUUAAUCUUAUCUUUCCAAACUUCACCAAAAAACAGGGAAAAAACCUAAACUCAGUGGAGAGAAGUUGCAGGUGAAACUAUCCAGAGUGCCAGAGUGGAAUGAAUGGUAGCGUCCAGGGCUUUUUUAAAUCACACUAAACUAAACAACAAUUAACUCAAAAACUAUUCAACUAUAAAGCAGUGUUGAGAUCUAAAGGAUUAAACUCGUGCUGCAGCCUAAAUUAUAACCAACAGACAUGAAUCUGUUUUUGUGGCUCAUGUAAUAUGUUUAUGAAUAUACUGUAAAAACCUUUGUUCAGUAAUGAUCAGUGUUUGAAUGAUCACUACACUCAUUUUCACACCUAAACAGUGAUCAGGGUUUCCCCAUAGUGUCAUUAUUUCAGGAUAAUGAUUUUCCGUUCUGUUGUAAUAGAAUACAUCAAAAACUAUCCAGUUAUUUGUUUGUUUGUUUGUUUGUUUUUUGAACAAUAUUGGAAGUAAACACUGUUGUUACAUAUUUUGUAUUUGAUUUUAAAGAUUAUAUCUGUGGUCACAUUGGUGUUCUGGAUUUUUUGAUCAUGAUGUAAAGUUAUAAAUAAUAAAUUUGAGUGCUGAAUUGGAA